CUUUCGAGACAUUCAUUUUAAGGAGGACUGAGAGGAGUAAGAUGGCGUACUUCCGGUGGCUCAAUGACUUUCCUUCCCAGUGUGUCUAAUAGGCAUGUGCAGUGCGCCGGCCUGUCCUGGGAAGAUGGCGGCUCGCUGUUCGUCGCGUUGGUUGUUAGUCGCAGUGUCUGGAGCUCGGGGCCACGUCUUUCCCGGUGUCCAUCGAUGGCCCAGGGCUGAGGCGGCUUCGCUGCUGUCAUUGAGGGCGGCCCGCGGACCCGCUGCAGCGGGCCUCUGUGAGCGCCUCUCCCAGUUCCAUACCAGCUCCUCCACAUACAACAAGACAGACUAUUACCAGGUACUGGGGGUUCAGAGAAACGCAAACCAGAAAGAAAUAAAGAAGGCCUAUUACCAGUUGGCCAAAAAGUACCAUCCAGAUACUAACAAGGAGGAUCCCCAGGCCAAAGAAAAGUUUUCUCAGUUGGCAGAAGCAUAUGAGGUCCUGAGUGAUGAGGUCAAGCGCAAGCAGUAUGACACCUAUGGAACUGCAGACUUCGCUGCCGGGGCAGCAGGCGGAGGAGGACAACAAUACUGGAGAGGAGGUCCUACUGUCGAUCCAGAGGAACUCUUCCGGAAGAUCUUCGGGGAAUUCUCUGGCUCCCCAUUUGGAGACUUCGGUAGCAUGUUUGAACAGCCACAAGAGUACAUCAUGGACCUCACGUUCAUUCAGGCAGCUAAGGGGGUGAACAAGGAGAUCUCUGUAAACAUUACAGACACGUGUAACAGGUGUGAUGGGAAAGGCAAUGAGCCUGGCACCAAACUGCAGCACUGCCACUACUGUAAUGGAACUGGGAUGGAAACUAUCAACACUGGUCCCUUUGUGAUGCGCUCUACGUGCCGGCGCUGUGGUGGGAAAGGUUCUACCAUGACAAACCCAUGCCUGUCAUGCAGGGGCUCUGGCCAAACAAAGCAGAAGAGAUCUGUUACUGUGCCUGUACCUGCAGGUGUGGAAGAUGGACAGACAGUUCGGAUGCCAGUGGGAAAGAAAGAGAUUUUUAUUACUUUUCGGGUGCAGAAAAGCCCAAGCUUUAGAAGAGAAGGGGCAGAUAUUCACUCAGACCUGUAUAUUUCCAUUGCUCAAGCUGUUCUGGGUGGUUCUGCUCGCGCACAAGGACUUUAUGAGCCCAUCAAUGUCCCUAUCCCUGCUGGCAUACAAGCAGACCAAAGGAUUCGGAUCGGUGAUAAAGGUAUCUCUCGUAUGAACAGUUACGGCUUUGGUGAUCACUAUAUCCACAUCAAGGUCAGAGUACCCAGGCAUCUGACUGACAGGCAGCGGAUGCUAAUGCUUAGCUUUGCAGAAGACGAGACUGAUGUAGAAGGAACAGUAAAUGGCAUCACUAACACAACAACAGGAAAGCGAUCAAAAGAAAGCUAGUUAUUGCAGGGCUAACCUGUCUGUGAAGAUGGAGCAAAUAUAUGGAAUAAGCGUAAACGUUUCCCAGGCAGCCAGAAGAAACCAUAAUCGGUUGCGCCUCGCUCAGGCACAUCAGAAUAACCGAGGACUGACGCUUAGUUUGAAUGAAGGAGGCACCUGCCGCACAGACCACCUUAUCAUUCUUGUAACAAACUUUAAAGAAAUCUUGUAGAUCUUUACAUUGUCAUGUUCUCUCUCUUCUGUUCUUUGGAAAUGAAUAAUGCCAAGUGUGGGCAAGAGUUGGGUAAGUGAGGUAACAGCUUCUGUCCCAUUUGUUAAAACCUUACACAUGUUCCCUUUAAAAAAGGAAGACUUGCAGUGCCAAUGCUGUAUACUCUCCCGCUGAGAUUCUGGGAUAGCCUAUUCAGUUUAGGUUUAAGCAUAGCCUAGCUACAAAACAAUUGUGUUCAUGCUAAUCACCAUAAAAGGAUGGUGUUUUCAACAGUGUGCUUUACUGUACCUGUAAAUGGAGGGCUUAUAGGAAAAAUAGGGGCUGGAUUGUGGUUUUGGGGGAACCUCCGCAGGCUGAGAGCCCACAGCCUGAAAAGUCAGCGAUCGUUUGGCCAGCUGACCAUAAGGAUGCUUUCUCUUUGAUAGAAUAAAGUGUCAGUAUCUUUAAAUGUUUUGUGCAAGUCAAGCCCC